CGCAGUUGACGUUUGCCAUUCUCGUCCGACAUCACCCAAAACACAAUGGUUAUACAGGUUAUCGAAAGUCGCUAUACAGUAGAGUAUGAUGUCUUGGUGGAUUUCCUGACAUCAAUGUUUGGAGCUUCUUCUUAUGAAAUCGUGGUACCCGACGAAGGAGAGAAAUGGAAAAUCAAGGUUCCACGAGAGCUCACUCGUGAUGAGCUCGUAGACUUGCAAAGAAAGUUCAGGCAGGCACUUGGCUAAUGGCAAAGCAACUGGGGAAACAACAAUAGUAGUAGUAGUAGUAGCACGUAAAGAUGCCGUCCAGAGGGCAAGCAGCUAGGCGAGGAACUCGAGCUUCACUAGCGCAGCGUGGAAGCGCCCUCGACCUCUCAAGCCUCUAGUUAGCUUCAAUUACAUAUUGGUCUUUC